AUGCCCACCGACAUCGAACACACCUCCUCCUCCUCCCGCCGUCCCUCCCGUCUCUCCACCCGCUCCACCCGCUCCAACCACGAUGACGCCAAACUCGACGAAUACACGCGCCUGGUCCGGUUCAUGUCCACCUACCGCGAAAAAGACGCCAACGAUCCCGGGGAGGGUGAGAUCCGCGAAAGUCGCAUCUGGUACGCGCCGUGGAAGAAGCGCAAGUUUCGAUGGAAGCAUGUUGGGUCCUCGAGGGAGUUUCCCGAGGAAUGGCGGAUAACGGAUAUUCAUCAUGGGUUGGCGGAUACGGAUGUGGAGGAGAGGAGACGGUCGGCUGGGUUUAAUGAGUUGAGUUCGCAGAAGGAGAAUCCGGUGGCCAGGCUGUUGUCGUAUUUUCAGGGGCCGAUUUUGUAUGUGAUGGAGAUUGCGAUCCUCUUGGCCGCCGGAUUGAAGGAUUGGAUUGAUUUUGGGGUCAUUAUCGGCAUCCUCUGUCUCAAUGCGGCCGUGGGCUGGUAUCAGGAGAAACAGGCCGAGGAUGUGGUUGCUAGUUUAAAGGCCGAUAUUGCCAUGCGCAGUACUGUGGUCCGGAAUGGGGAGGAGAUGGACAUCCUGGCGAGGGAACUGGUUCCAGGCGAUGUGAUCAUUGUCGAAGAAGGCCAAACUGUCCCCGCCGAUGCCAAGGUGAUUUGCGAUUACGAGGAUGCUGAUAACGGAUGGAACGAAUACCAGAAGCUGCGGGACGAAGGGAAACUGGAUGAGAAAGCGGACGAAAAGUCCAGCGACGAGGGCAGCUCGGAUGAAGAUGAUGAAGACAAUGGCUAUCCUAUCCUGGCCUGCGAUCACUCCGCCAUCACCGGCGAGUCCCUUGCCGUGGACCGGUUCGUCGGCGACCAGGUGUUUUACACCACGGGGUGCAAACGGGGCAAGGCUUAUGCGGUGGUUCAGGCGACCGGCAAAAAGUCUUUCGUGGGACGCACGGCAUCCAUGGUGCAAAACGCGAAGGAUACUGGCCAUUUCCAAAAGGUCAUGGAUAGCAUUGGAACGGCCCUGUUGGUGAUUGUCAUGGCCUGGCUGUUGGCUGUGUGGAUUGGCGGCUUCUUUCGCAACAUUCCCAUCGCCUCGCCGGGUGAACAGACUCUGCUCUUCUAUACGCUGUCCAUUUUGAUUAUUGGAGUCCCUGUCGGUUUGCCGGUUGUCACAACUACCACCCUAGCAGUCGGGGCUGCUUACCUUGCCAACAAGAAGGCCAUUGUUCAGAAAUUGACCGCCAUCGAGUCGCUCGCUGGCGUGGACAUUCUCUGCUCUGACAAAACCGGAACCCUAACCGCCAACCGCCUCAGUAUUCGGGAGCCUUUCGUGGCGGAAGGGGUCGAUGUCAACUGGAUGUUUGCAGUCGCUGCCCUCGCCUCAUCCCAUAAUGUCCGCUCCCUCGAUCCGAUCGACAAGGUGACCGUUCUCUCUGUCAAUCAGUACCCCAAAGCCAAAGAGAUCCUUCAACAAGGGUGGAAGACAGAAAACUUUACCCCAUUUGACCCGGUUUCUAAACGAAUCGUGGCGAAUGUCUCCCUCAACGGCGAGCGGUAUACCUGCACCAAAGGAGCACCGAAAGCAGUCUUGGCUCUAACCAACUGCUCGGAAUCCACUGCGAAGAUGUACAGAGAGAAAGCGACCGAGUUCGCACAGCGUGGCUUCCGAUCCCUCGGUGUGGCCGUUCAAAAGGAAGGUGAAGAGUGGAGUUUACUAGGAAUGCUGCCCAUGUUUGAUCCUCCUCGCGACGAUACAGCACAAACCAUCGCCGAAGCACAGAAGCUCGGCAUCAAGGUUAAGAUGCUGACCGGCGAUGCCAUCGCUAUUGCCAAAGAGACCUGUAAAAUGUUGGCACUCGGCACCAAGGUCUACAACUCCGAGAAACUCAUCAGCGGUGGUCUCAGUGGCGCCAUGGCCGGCGAAUUGGUAGAGAAAGCCGAUGGCUUCGCGGAAGUGUUCCCCGAGCACAAAUACCAAGUGGUCGAAAUGCUUCAGGAUCGCGGCCAUCUCACCGCCAUGACAGGCGACGGCGUCAACGACGCGCCUUCAUUGAAGAAGGCGGAUUGCGGAAUCGCCGUCGAGGGCGCCUCUGAAGCCGCGCAAUCCGCAUCCGACAUUGUCUUCUUGGAGCCUGGCCUCUCCACCAUCAUCGAUUCCAUCAAGGUCGCCCGCCAAAUCUUCCACCGGAUGAAAGCCUACAUCCAAUACCGGAUCGCCCUGUGCCUCCACCUCGAAAUCUACCUCGUGACCACAAUGAUUAUCCUCAACGAAAGCAUCCGCACCGACCUCGUCGUCUUCCUGGCUCUCUUCGCCGACGUUGCCACCGUGGCCGUCGCCUACGACAACGCCUCCUACGAACUCCGCCCGGUACAGUGGCAAAUGCCCAAGAUCUGGAUCAUCAGCAUCAUCCUCGGCCUGCUCCUCGCCAUCGGUACCUGGAUCAUCCGCGCCACCCUCUUCCUCCCGGACGGCGGGAUCAUCCAAAACUGGGGCUCCAUCCAAGAAGUCAUCUUCCUGGAAGUCGCCCUCACAGAGAACUGGCUCAUCUUCGUCACCCGCGGCAGCUCCACCUGGCCCUCCCUGCCCCUCGUCGCCGCCAUCCUAGGCGUGGACAUCCUCGCCACCAUCUUCUGUCUCUUCGGCUGGUUCUCGAACCGCGACAUGAUCACCGAUCCGUACGAUCAAUACAUCAGCAAAGAGACGAGCAAUGGCUGGACGGAUAUCGUCACCGUGGUGCGGUUAUGGGGGUACUGUAUUGGAGUGGAGAUCGUGAUCGCAUUGGUGUAUUACGUGUUGAAUAAGAUUGCGUGGUUGGAUAAUUUGGGCCGCGGACGGCAGGACAAAGGGGAUAAGGCGAUCGGGCGGGUAUUGGGGCAUUUGGCGAAUUUGUCGUUGGAGUUUGAGCGCAAGGAGGGGAGGAAUGGGCGGGUGUUUUUGGCCACGAGUACCGAGGAGGAGGAGGUGGAGUGA